GGGCUUCUCCUCCUCUUUCACUGCAAACGUAUCAAGUUUCCCUGUUCUUCUGAAAUCGGAUAGUGAAAUCCCCAUCGCCGUCGUAAAUUUCAUCUUGCUUCUCCCCCCCCCUCUCUGUAUCUGCUUUGGUUUUGGCUCUUGCAAUGGCUACUUUUGGUUCUCCGGCUACUUCGAGUUCGAACCCCAACAAAUCCUACGAGGUAGCUCCAUCUCCCGGCGACUCCAUUUCAAGCUUAAGUUUUAGCCCGCGAGCCGAUAUACUUGUGGCAACUUCAUGGGAUAAUCAGGUGAGGUGUUGGGAAGUAGUCCGUAGCGGAACCAAUAUAACCAGUACUCCGAAAGCAUCAAUAUCUCAUGAUCAACCGGUGUUAUGCUCUGCUUGGAAAGACGAUGGAACAACAGUCUUUACAGGAGGAUGUGACAAGCAAGCAAAGAUGUGGCCCCUGUUGUCGGGUGCUCAACCUGUUACUGUCGCUAUGCACGAUGCUCCUAUCAAAGAGAUGGCUUGGAUACCGGGAAUGAAUCUCCUGGUAACUGGAAGCUGGGAUAAAACACUGAAAUAUUGGGACACAAGACAGCCCAAUCCUGUUCACACCCAACAACUUCCAGAACGCUGCUACGCAAUGACUGUAAAACAUCCUCUGAUGGUCGUCGGAACUGCAGACAGAAAUCUGAUUGUCUUCAAUUUGCAGAAUCCUCAGACGGAGUUCAAGAGGAUCUCCUCACCACUCAAAUAUCAAACGAGGUGUGUUGCUGCCUUCCCUGAUCAGCAAGGCUUCUUGGUUGGUUCAAUUGAGGGAAGGGUUGGUGUUCAUCACUUGGAUGAUUCACAACAGAGCAAAAACUUCACAUUCAAAUGCCACAGAGAUGGCAAUGAGAUAUACUCUGUGAACUCUCUGAAUUUCCACCCGAUACAUGGCACAUUUGCCACAGCCGGAUCUGAUGGCGCUUUCAAUUUCUGGGACAAGGAUAGCAAACAGAGGCUCAAGGCCAUGUCGAGGUGCAAUCAGCCAAUUCCCUGCAGUACAUUCAACCAUGAUGGCUCAAUAUUUGCUUAUGCGGUGUGCUAUGACUGGAGCAAAGGUGCAGAAAAUCACAACCCGGCAACCGCCAAGUCCAACAUCUUCUUACACCUCCCUCUGGAAAGUGAAGUUAAAGCCAAGCCGAAAGUCGGAGCUUCGGGCAGAAAGUGAGUUCCCCCUGUCAGGGAACGGAGCUCUCUGAACUUUGGCAUUGUAUCGGUGCUUAGCUUUUUAGGAUAUCUGUUUUGAGUGUAUCUGCUUUCUCUUGUAAUAUUUUCUCUCGUUAGGAUCCGUAACGUAAUUGCGUCAAAAGAUGAAUACGUUUUCAAUGCUAUAAAUAGUCAGUAUCUUCUUUUAAA